AUGGCUGGCCCUUCGCCCUCGUCCUCGAAUCUUUCUCAGAACAUUGAUCCUUCACGUUCAGAUUCAGCCUCAGUCUAUCCUGCAUCUCAAUCAUAUCCUCCCCCUCCUGUACCGGUGCCGUCCUCAGGAGAUUCGGCUGGCGGCGCUUCUUCACUAGCGAAGCCAGAGAAAGGGCUUGCACUUUACGCCUGUGGUCACUGUGGACGACGUUACUCGAGACCGGAGCAUCUUCAGCGCCAUGUUCAGACUCAUACUUUGGGCCGUAGAUUUGCCUGUUCGAUUUGUGGAAAGACAUUUGCGCGUGCUGAUCUCAAGAAGCGCCAUGAGACCAACCAUGAGAACGACGACACCAAGAAACGCAGGCGUACGACUUCUCUCAACACCGGUAGGGUUACCCAUGCCUGCAAGGCUUGUGCCACCGCAAGGGUCAAGUGUCAGGAGGAGAAGCCCUGUCAACGAUGCGUUCGUCGCGGCCUGACCUGCGUCUCGUCAGAGGCAAGCUCGUCUGCAGCCAUGAACCUAGUUCACUUGUCUGCUAGUGCUCGUGCCAAAACACCUGUUGAUGAUGAACACGACAGUAGCAACGCUUCCGCGGAAUACGCCCCCACCAGCUUUCCUAACACGACUUCUUACCCUACCGAUCAACCAUCGCUGUAUAGUCAGAAUACUCACUUCCAUGCGCACUCUCGGUCAGCAACCCCAAACACCGGGGAUCUACCACCCAGCUCAGAGGCUGGAUCUUCCAGCCAAGCCGGGGCAGACCAGCUUCCCUUUUGUGACUUUCUUCGGGAUGUCUUGUACGAACAGCAGUACGACCAGUCAGCCAGGAUCCCAGAAAAUCAAGGUCUCGCAGUGCUGAACUUUUGUAAUGAUAGUAACAUGGAACUAUCAGACAUGGACUUUGGGCUGCUGGAUCAUUGGAACACAGACGGGAUGGCUAGCUCGGCCCCAGUACAGCAAGAGACGCCCAAGAGUCCCGUCGACAUGGACCAUAUGCGGCAGAAUCUUGUCACAGCCUGGGAUGUGUCUCCAUGGCGAUGGGACCCAGUAGCAAAUGACAACGCCUUCGGCGAACAGGGAAAUCUGCCAGUUUCGAAAAGAGAUGUGGCUAGUAUACAGGCCCAGGCUUCGAGGGGGAGUUUUCGAAGGAUCGUUGACCAAAAGCUCGAUUUCGCCGCUCGUGAUGGCGUACUAGCACUAGUCUUGGGGGCCUGUCAACCUGAUACGAUGUCGAGCCGCAUCUCAGGGUCCUUUCCUUCGGCAGAUCUUUUGGACACCAUGCUGCAUGUAUUUCUCAACUCGCAUACCAACCAGGUCUCGGAUUAUAUACAUUUCCCUACCUUCAAGCUCAACGAGCAAGAGCCAGAAUGGAUUGCGGGAGCGGCAGCUGCUGGUGCUGUGUUGAUCCCCGUACCGACUCUGCGAAAAUUCGGGUAUGCUCUGCAGGAGUCCAUCCGAAUUGUUAUGCCCAGGCGUUUUGAAGAAAACAACAAAGAGAUCCUCAACAUGGGCCUCAUCCAGGCUAUUGUUCUGGGUCAAGACACAGGUCUUUGGAGCGGCAAUCGACGGAAGAUGGAAAUUGCAGAGUGCCACGUCAACAUCCCCGUGACGAUGAUGCGAUAUCGUGGCAAGUUCCAGAGGUCUUCAUAUCCGAUGCUUUCAGUAACGCCGGCGGAUGAGGGUGCGAAUCUCGAGCAAAAGUGGCGGACAUGGGUCGAGAUGGAGAAGUGGAAACGUUUUGUGUUCCAUCUUUUCCUUCGAGAUAGCCAACAGUCCAUGACAGCUCUGACGAACCCCGUCAUGUCAUACGCUGAACUCACCCUCCCUUUACCUGCGUCCAAGGAAUUGUGGUGCGCAAAGACAGCAAAGGAUUGGAAGGACGCAUACUUGAGACGAGAGGCUGGACACAUGAAACGAGCGCCGUCAGUUGGUGAUCUAUUCCGCGAUCUGAACCUCCUCCCAGAGAAUCGACAUCGUUUGGAUGUACAACUUUCAGCAGCAAUCUAUCUUCAGGCCUUUUGGCUCCUGAUCCUAGAGUAUAGAAAUCUUUGCUCGUCUUGCAGAACACGCUCUUAUAUCCAAGACACAUAUGAGGGCUCCAGUUCAUUGCUAGCUGCACGACGCCACCAACUGCUCCAGGACCUGCAGACUUUGAAAACCACAACCACGAACUGGCCCGAGGUCACAGCCCAAGAACGCCUGUUGCUCAAUCAGCUCAUGAUGGCCUUGCAUAUAUCUAUGGAUGACUUGCAGCUCUUCGCAGGAAAAGAGGGGGAUGAACAGGCACAUCGGACAUUUCCUGUGCUCCAGCAAUGGGUCGAAAGUGUGGACUCUCGGGCAGCUAUAUGGCACGCCGGCCAAGUUCUUCGAUUUGCCAAGCUCUUCCCUCCCGCUCAAUUGAAAAACUUUUACGCCGUCGGUGUACAUCAUGCGGCACUGGCCUUGUGGACUUACGGGGUGAUAACAAAAGCCGGGAGCCAGCAGGAUAUGUCUUCUCAGCAUGAAAAAGUCUACAUCGACGGCCCGGAAGCGAUGAGCGUGCAGCAGUACAUCACUAUGGGACAAGGCGUGCCAGUCAUUCGAGGACCGAACCAACGCAAUGGGGCAACUGAGGCAUCAGUUGAGAAUCCAAAGACGACCAUGGAGGCUGUUCAUGAUAUACUCCUAGCCAACUUCGGUGGUGCGAAUAAAAUGGCUCCAGCGAUUGUGGAAAACCUAAGCAUUUUGAUACGGCAACUGGGAAAUGUUGCUUGGGCAGUGGGAUUGGGCUAG